GGGAAUGGAUCUUUUCUGUGUGAGACGCCGGCACUAUCUCACACUGCUCCUUACCACCUGUCCUUGACUUAGUGAGCACGGGCGGCACAGACAGCAGGCUUCCUUCAACAGCUUUCCUGUUUGUUUGUCUGCCACCAGUCUUUUUUUUUUUUUUUUUAAACAAAAACAUUUCCCCCCUGUGGCUGUGCUCUUCUACCUGUGGUGCUUCGCUGCAGAAGUGAAAGACGUUCAUCGUCGGCCAGUGAGAGCUCUGAUGGGAGGCAGCUUUGACUCUGCCUGGGACUGGGGAUGCUGAACGGAGGGAGGGAGGGUCUGUUUGAGCUGGGACAGCAGCUCCAGCAGCAGGGGGAGUACCAGGCCGCCCUCCACUGCUUCCUCAGCUGUCUUUUGGGACUGACCCAUGUACAGAGCUUCACCUCUCUGCCCAACUGCCUGCACCAGAUUGCUGAACUGUUCAUCACUGAAAAGAACUAUGGGAAGGCCCUCCAGUUCAUCCAGGCUGAAAAGAUGUUCUACGAAGUGGCAUUGAUCGAGCUCACCGCUCUUCAGGGGAGCCCAGGGCCUCAGGAGGAGGCAACCCUGGGCUCUGCAGGAUGGACAAACCCAGAGGAGCUUUCAGAGCAGGCCUCUCAAGCGCAACACCUCGAACGGCUGGCUCAGCUCUGCAUCAUGAGCAAACAACCACAUCUUGCCCUAGAAUACAGCGGUAAGGCUACAAAGAUUAAUCAGAGGACCUUUGGUAAUGACCAUCCAAUAACAGCCAGAAGCCUGGAGCUCAUGGCAACCGUCUAUGCUGAGAUCGGCAAGACUGAAUAUUCAGACUCUCUGGGCCAGUGCGUGUCGGCGCUGUCCAAACGCUUCGCUGCUGCAGAGUCCCUCAGAGACACUGUCAACUGUCUUCCUCAUUCCCACCGUGAGAAGGUUUGCGAGGUGCGUCACAGAAAAGACGCCCACCACCAACAGGAAGACACGCCAAAUCCUAAGGCAACCAGUGGCAAAGUCCCUACCUCCAUUCUGAAGAGGCCAAGUCCCUAUGGGUCAGACGCAGAAACCAACCACAGACGGAAGGGCGAGCGCAGGGUUCGAUUCAGGGAACCAGAGAUCACAGUACAUGAUAUUUACUGUGAGCCUUUAGGUGCCUAUGAGACAACGCCGGCCCGGCCCCAUCUUGCCCUGUUCACCUGCCUCUUCCUACUCAUGUCAUUCCUCGGUGUUGCGAUGUACUGCACCGACCGCAGGCGGCCACAGAGAGCAUGCGAGGAGCUGGAGGCUGCUUUGGCUGUCUACCUGGUUCACAUGAAGCAGCUCCUGUGGGGCUGCUGGAUAUGGCUGACCAUGCAGUGACUGUGGCAGACCAUAGAUGGAGACAUGGAGCGUUUCUUUUUUUAUAUAUUUGGAGGUGCCUAAAGCCUACAAACAGCUCAGCCAUGUUGCAAGGCUCUGCAAUGGUAAAUCUGCACCUCUUCCCCACUGAAAAGGGAAUAUGUUUAAUCCCAGAAACAUGUAGCUUCCAUCUCUGUAUGUAUGUAUCUAUGUAUGCACUACAGUUUGGAUAUGCCACUCCAUAUGUAAGUUGUGAAAAUAUUUUGCACAUUUGCAACUAUAAUGCUCCCAUAAUCCCCACAAUGAUUUCAUCCUUCAGUUCAGGUAAAAGUCUUUUGCCUGUGAGUGGAUGUUUCCAAGGAAUGCAAAUAUUUAUUUUAUUACAGAACACAAUUUGUGUAUCUAAUAUAUCCCAAACAAAUGAAUGUGUAUAUAUGGCUCAAAAUAAUAAGGUCUAUCACUAUCAGUAUUUAGCCUUGUAAUUCCAUAUUAAUGAAUGUAGAGCUGUUGGAAAAUGCUUCAGAAGUGCCCGUCUGCAGGGCAAAGAAUUGGGUGUUUGGUGUUGAUCCAUUAGAAGGUGAAUACAGGGCUACAUCACCUCAUACUACGGGGUUAAAUGAGAAGGAAAACACUUUAUUCUUUCUUGUCUGUCUGUUCCUUCCGGGGUGUAACAUGUGUAGCACAUUCUAGUUAAUCGAAGAGAAUAUACUUAAACUACAGUGCCUUGCAAAAAGCCUUUACAUGCUCUUUUCUGUUAUGCUUUAUCUGUUUAUUGAGAUUUUAAGUGACAGCAACACUAGAUUGUGAAGUGGAACGAGAAUAAUCAAUGAUUUCUACAUUCCUUUGGAUAUAAACUUAGAGAGUGUAAGGUACUUUGGUUGCACUUGAUUUAAUUUAGAGGUAUCAAAGUAAUAAGGGCUAGAUGAGGUCAGAUUUAUGUCACAUCUUGGUUUGUACUAAACUUGUUUUUCUCUGAUACUCCUGGCGUUCUUUAUGAAUAUCAGAGUAAAAGGAGCCAAUCACGGAUUUGCAAGUACUCACCUCCUCUGGUUCUCUCUCAAUUAAACUCAUCUGCAAACUGA